AUGCGAGAACGGCAGAAGUACAAGGAUAUUCGAGCCAGGUUGUGGCAGAGGAGAAUCGACGCGUAUCUGAUUUAUCCCGCGAUCCUAAAGGUGAAUUACAAAGGCAUGAAGAUGUCAUUCAACUCAGCGGAGGAAGCCAAUGAAGCCCUGAAAACAUCGGUGCUGGCAGAUGACGAAGCUUCCAGUGUUAAACAAGCCGGCAUCAUCCCUGCCCGUAUCCUGUUCCUGUGCCGACAACAUCCCCAGGCCCCUCUCCCCAGACAUCUCUCAACAUCUGAACAAGUCAAUCAGAGUUUCAGUCUUGAGGAAGCAAGGAAAAUUCAAGUGGCGACAAAGGCACAGGAUGCCUGUGAGAAAUGGCACAAAGAUCGAAAUGGUAGAAAAUACACCCCGUCGCACAGCCUCUCGGGAUACCAUGUGUCAGAGUUGCAGAUGCUGAUCAAAGUAAAGUACCAAGGGGAGCAAAAAUAUGUGAAAAUCACUGACCUCACACUGGACAGCCUUUUAACUGGAGAAUCUCUUCUGGCAAGUCUGUCCUCUGCAAGCUCUGUGGUGGGUUCAGACUCGGAUGAUACAAUCAUUUUGAGCCCUACCAGAAAACGUCAAAGAACUGAUGAAGCAGAAUUGCUGAUCGAGACCAUACUCAAGAAGAAACCUGGUGGAGAGGUUGUCCUGAGGGAAUACUCAAAAACGAAAGGCUUGACUGACAGCACCAGAAGAAAGAUGGUCAACAUUCUGGUUGCAGAGAUGACAGAGAAACAUGGGACAUCACCGCCGCGUAGGGUGAGGGAGAUGUUUGCAGAAGGCAUUGUCUCCUUGUUCCCGUACCUGAAGGAUCCUUACAGCGAAAAGGGAUAUGAACAUUAUUUCGAUCCCAAGAGUGGAGAUGGGUACCUUGCCUACAGAAUCAAGACUGUUCAGAGGAAUUCCUCUUCAUCUGAGAAACGACCCACACCAGAAUACUCCGGAGGGCCCACUGCUGAGAGAGAGACGGUGUCAUCCACUUUGGUUCUGAGUGAAGACCAGUACAGAGAGGCUAUCUCUCUGAUGAAGCAUUCUUCUGAUGAAGAAACCAUCAAACAGAAGAUGAAACUGACCUUUGCAUAUCGGAAGAAGAUGAUUCAAGACCCAGUGAAAUGCUCCACCAUCCUGAGUGAAUUUCCACGCUUCCUGGAUGUCAAAGGCUUGAUUGAACAGGACUUUGUCCAGCUGUUUGGAGAGGAAACAUCUGCUAAGUUCCUAGAAAAGUGGCCAACGAUCUUCAAGCAGAAGAUCAUCCAGUUAAGCAAGUCCCUUACAAGUAAGAGAGAGGAACUCCUGGAGCUGAUCGAGAUGGCAGAAUCUACAGUUGCGGGAGCGGACACAGAUGCUGAUGGAUGGGACAGUGACCUUUCCUCCAUCCUUCUGUUGCUCCAUUUGAUUCCUCCAACACGAGGCGAAGGUCGCAAAAGAGCUGGCCACAUGGCUGCAUCCCAAGCCGAGAAUCUUCUUGUUAAAUUCCUGAAGGCAGGAACCAGCAUCCAGCAGCACCUUGAUGCUAUCGAGCAGAGCAAACAGCCAUAUUUGCUUGCGGUCGGGUCCAGGAAGAGCGACAUCCAUGUCUACUACAUCGUCCUUGAUAAACGAGCCUUGCCCUGCAAGUCAGUGAGUGCUGUUGGUGCAUUCGAUGAAAUGUUCAAGGCCCACUUUGUUUUUGGUGUUGCUUACAAUACCAGCCUGCACAGCAUGUACACCUUUGUACAGACAACAGUGUACAAUGUGGACAUUGGGAAGGUCAAAGAGACCCCCAGAGUUGCUGAGCUCAGAACUAAAAUCCUCCAGUAG